UCUCUCUGAGUUUGGUAAGAGACAGAGACUUUAACGUUGACAACACACAAUAAAAUGGUGUUGCUAAAAGCAAACCAAAAAAAGAACACAGACACAGAACAGAAGCAACAACUAUACCCAUCAACGAACCAUGCAUAAAAUUAGAACUUCAGAACGCACUCUAAUCUUUCCUUCUCACCCUCCCUUCCUCCAUGAUCAUCCCCUCUCUCUCUCACACCUAGACACCGAUCGUAAUCUCCACCUCACUUUCCGCUACCUUCGCGCUUACGUUUCCAACGCCACAACCUCCCGCAACCCCUUCCACGUCAUCUCUUCUUCCCUCUCCCAAGCCCUCCCUCACUUCUAUCCCCUCGCCGCCACGCUUCGCCGCCGCCAAAAUGACCGCCGCCUCGAAAUCUGGUGCGCCGCCGGCCAAGGCGUUCCCCUUAUUCACGCCGCCGCAGAUUUCACCCUCGACUCGGUGAACUUCCUUGACGACCCGGCAUCCAUUUUCGUGGAGCAGUUGGUGCCCGACCCGGGACCCGAAGAGGGAAUGGAGCACCCGUGCAUGCUUCAGGUGACGGUGUUCAAGUGCGGCGGCUUCACUCUCGGCGCGGCCAUGCACCACGCGCUCUGCGACGGCAUGGGCGGGACUCUGUUCUUCAACGCGGUGGCUGAGUUGGCUCGCGGGUCGACCCGGAUAACGGUUGACCCAGUUUGGGAUCGCGAGAGGUUGCUGGGUCCCAGGUACCCGCCCCGAGUGGACUCGCCGUUGAUAAGGGAGUUUCUGCGUUUGGAGAAGGGGUUUUCACCGUACGAACAAGACAUUGGUGAGGUGGUGAGAGAGUGCUUCCAUGUGAGGGAUGAGCGCUUGGACGAGUUCAAGAGAUCCUUGUUGGAACAAUGUGGGUCCAAUUUCACCACUUUUGAGGCUCUCGGUGCUUACAUUUGGAGGUCCAAGGUGAGGGCCUCGGGAUUGGAGGCUCAUGAGAAGGUUAAAUUUGCAUACUCAAUUAAUAUUCGGAGACUAAUGAAGCCAUCGCUACCUGCUGGCUAUUGGGGUAAUGGUUGUGUUCCAAUGUAUGUGCAGCUGAGUGUAAAUGAUUUGAUAGAGAGACCCAUUUGGGAAAUAGCAGAGUUAAUAAAAAAGAGUAAAAGUAAUGUUACUGAUGAGUAUGUUCGGUCUUUCAUCGAUUAUCAAGAGUUGCAUUUUGGCGAUGAAAUCACGGCUGGGAAAGGGGUGAGUGGGUUCACUGAUUGGAGGCACUUGGGCCAUUCAACUGUGGACUUUGGGUGGGGAGGCCCAGUUACCGUUUUUCCGCUUGGAAGGAACUUGCUUGGGAGUGUUGAGCCUUGCUUCUUUUUGCCUUAUUCAACGGCCAGUGCCGUGAAGAAGGAAGGGUUCAAGGUUUUGGUGACUUUGGCUCUGGCUGCGUUGCCUGCUUUCAGAGAAGACAUGCGAGUGUUUUGCCAGGACCCGACCAUGUAAACUAAUAAAGAUGAUACAUUUUGUCAAUCACAGGCUGUCUAAAACUCUAUAAAGGUUUAUGAUGUGUAAACUUUUAAAAUGAUUUUAAAAAAGAUUAUGAUAAUGGAAAAAUUGGGUGAUUUUU